AUGGCAUCAACCUUUCCCCGGAGCAUCCGAAGCAUCAGCGCCCUGCCCAAGAGGGCCAAUUGGGCUCCCGCUACAGUGAGGCCUCUAGCCCAGCCCAUGGCGCGCAGAUUCCUUGCAACGACGACUCAAGAACAGCCUCGACUACGAUUGGGAUCAACCGCUCCCAACUUCAAGGCCCUUACCACUCAUGGAGAGAUUGACUUUCAUAAGUUCAUCGAUAAGAGCUGGACCAUUCUCUUCUCUCACCCCGCGGACUUUACUCCAGUCUGCACCACCGAACUAGGAGCUUUUGCGAAGUUGAAGCCAGAGUUCGAUAAGAGAGGAGUCAAGAUGAUUGGGUUGAGUGCAAAUGACCUCACCUCUCACGACAAGUGGGUAGACGACAUCAACGAAGUCUCAAACACAAACCUCCAAUUCCCCAUCAUCGCCGACGCAGACCGCAAAGUCGCCUUCCUCUACGACAUGAUCAGCCAAGAAGACCUCGACAACAUCGCCGAGAAGGGCAUCGCUUUCACCAUCCGCUCAGUCUUUGUCAUCGACCCCACCAAGAAGAUUCGACUUACGAUGAUGUAUCCUGCUUCAACUGGUCGUAACUCAGCUGAGGUUCUGCGUGUGAUUGAUUCCCUUCAGACUGGAGAUAAAAAGGGUGUUGUUACACCGAUUGAUUGGCAGGUUGGUGACGAUGUUAUUGUUCCGCCUUCUGUUUCGACAGAGGAUGCGAAGAAGAAGUUUGGUGAUGUUAGGGAGGUUAAGCCUUACUUGAGAUUCACCAAGGCUUAG